GUCAAGACAGACACUACGGAAGCUCAGUUCAGAUAGUCCUGAAGGUUCAGCAGAGACCGAACAUGAUAAAGUCGCUGAGUGUGUCGUCUGAAAGCUCCCUCCCUCCGCUGGAGGAUGAUGUGGACUCGGUCUGCUCCGACGAGCUGCUUGGCUCUCAGUCCCGCCGCUGGCUGGCGGACCUCCUGACCAGGGACAUGCCUCCGGAGAGCGGGGACGUGAACACGGUCGGCCGGGACGGGCUGUUCGUGGACUACCACUUCCCCGUGGGAGAGCUGGAGAUGCCGCCCGGGGUCAAGUGGAAACGACCAAAGGAACUCUGUCCAUCACCUCAGUUCAUAGUAGACGGAGCUACGCGCCUGGACGUCUGCCAGGGAAAACUCAAUGACUGCUGGUUACUUUCUGCUAUCGCAUCUCUCUCCAUCCAUCGCUCCCUGCUCAAGAAGGUCGUGCCCCUAGAACAGAGCUUCCAAGACGGGUACAAUGGCUGCUUCGCCUUCAGGUUCUGGCAGUACGGUCAGUGGGAGGAGGUGAGGAUAGACGACUUCUUGCCGACUCAGGACAACAAUCUGAUCUUCCUCAGCUCCCCAGACAAAUAUGAGUUCUGGAGCUCCCUGCUGGAGAAGGCCUACGCCAAGCUGAAAGGUGGCUACAGAGCUCUGGACAUGGGCUACCCUCAUGAGGCCAUGGUUGAUAUGACGGGCGGGGUGGCCGAGGUUUUGACGAUCGCCUCAAUGCCCAGAGACCUGCCAGCGUUCCUCAGAUACCUGCUGGUUAAAGGAGCACUCAUCAACUGUGCCAACUGCCAGGGUCCUUUGGGGCAAAGGAAUGAACUGGGGAUCAUGUUCAGACAUGCCUACUCUCUGACUGCAGUAGAGAAGGUGAAGACGACAUACGGCACAGAGGAUUUGGUGCGAAUCCUCAACCCCUGGGGCAACACAGAGUGGGAGGGGCCCUGGAGUGACAUGAAAGGUCCGGAGUGGUACACAGUGAGUGUCGAGGAGCAGAAAAGACUAGAGAGAGUCAGCCGGGAGGACGGGGAGUUCUGGAUGUCGGUGUCAGACUUCCGACAGCACUUCGAGAUUAUGGAGGUUUGUCACCUGACUGACGCUCUCAGCGAACCAGGCUCCAGCGUGCUGCCGUGGUGCUGCAUAAUGCAUCAUGGGAACUGGGUGCCGUACAUCACAGCAGGAGGCUCUCACCAAGGGGGUUUGUUCUGGCAGAACCCUCAGUUCAACUUCGUCCUGUCGGAGACGGAUCGCAACCCUGCCGACUCUCAGAAUACCUGCUCCUUCGUUUUGGCUCUGAUGCAGAAACACCAGAGACGGAUGGGCAAUAACCUGGGCAUCGCCCUGCAUAUAUACCCGGCCCAUCCUAAGAAAACAUACCUGACGCCUGAGGACUUGAGUGGGCUCCGCCCGAUCCUCUGCAGCCCCCAUUACUCCUCACGUCGGGAGAUUGUUCUUCGCGGCUCCCUUCCACCAGGCCGUUACAUCAUCAUCCCUUCAACCGCCGAGCCCAAUCAGCAGGGAGCAUUCCUCCUCCGGGUGCUGACAGAGCAGGGCAAUGCUGCCACUCCAGCUCACAAGCCAGCGGCACAAGAUAUCUCUUCGUUAACAGAGCCUUCAUUUCCUCACCAGGCUGCUCUUCCUUCGCUUACAUCUACCAAACAUCUGUUCAAGAAGCACUGCAACUCGAAGGGGUUCUGCAAACCAGUGCACCUCCACAACCUGCUGACUGAGGCCAUACAGGGAGGAGUGAUGGCCGGCAGUGAGAAGGACUUGGCUCUGGAGCACUGCAAGAGCAUGGUGGUCCUCAUGGAUACCCAAGGCAUCGCUCAGCUAAACUGGUCAGAGUUCCAGAGUCUGUGGGACAAGAUCAGGAGGUGGACGGAUAUCUUCCUGGUGUUUGACAAGAACAAAACUCGCCGGCUCGAGUAUCAAGAGGUGACCCCCGCUCUGAAGGCAGCAGGCAUCAUGGUGGAUGAUUUGGUAAUGCAGCUGGUUGGACUGAGAUACACAGAGCCGGACAUGACCAUCAGUUACCCCGGCUUCCUGUACCUGCUGAUGAAACUGGAGAGCAUGAUCCACAAAUUUCAAGCGUUCGACAUGGUGGGGAUGGGAACCAUAACAGUCAGCUACAGACAGUGGCUCCACAUGACCAUGUACAACUGACCUGACCUGGUCCCCUCAGACGGAUUCAUCAGGAUUUGCUUUGUUUCUGCUCUUCUGUUUUUCAGCUGUCUGAACGCGGAUGAACAGUAUAGUUCAAUGAUAGAAACAUGUAGCACACAGUACUAAGACUUCUUAUGCCAUUUAUUUUUCCUCCUGUAUGUUGUCGUCAUAUAGUCAAACAGUGACAAUGGAAACAUCUUUAAGUCAGUCAUGGAAACAUCCGAGGUGGAAGGUCAAAGCAAGAUGAGGAAAGGAGAAGUUUAUGAUUCACUGUGUUGGUGCCACUUCAGCAAAGGUCACCUCAGUGAUUUUAAUAAGUGAAACUUUAAGAUGUUGCCUUGUCUUUAAUUUCCUCUCAACUGUCAUUUCUCAGCCUUAAUUAGAGCUGUUGGACCCUGUCCUCCUCCAGUCUAAUAUGAAAAUCAACAGCAGCGUAAAAUAACUUCCUUUAACUAUGGUCAACACUAAAAUAAUUUUAAAAUACCUGCAUUAGUAAAUCCAUAAAUGAUAUAUAUAUAUAUAUAUAUAUAUAAUGUAUAUUAGGGCUUCUUUUCAUACCAACAAGUCUAUUAGUUGAUUUAUCAGACUAAUCAUUUCAUUAUCCUCUUUUGUGCCUUUCUUUAUUAUCGUAAAGCCUUAAAGCUGAAGUGAAAAACAAUUCUUGGCAACAUGCUGGCAUUCCAGUAAAGUGUAGUCUGAAUACUACGUGAUCCAUUUAUCCUACACUUAUACACGAUUGUAGAAAAUGUAUAAAAAGUGGUUUUGAACUCAUUUCUUCUGUUUGCCUCUGACAAAAUGUUGAGCUUAAUGCUGCGUGAAUAAAGAAAGAGCCAAAGUCUGUGAAGUCCUUCUCCACUUUGUUUCAAGGAUGCCAGCACCAAUAUGUUCAGGUGGAGGUGCAUCUUCAUUUGGCUUUGUUAUAUAAAAAUGUUUUUUAAAAUGUAAUGAUGUGUUCAAUUAUGACCCAUUCCAGUGUGCUCCCUUCUCUCUGGUACCACAUUCAUUUGCUUAAAAGGUGAUUAAAACUGAUGUGCCGUUCGUGUGCAGUAAGUCA